GUCCCUACCCCCCUCUCAAAAAUAAACAUUAAAAAAAAUUUAAAUGUGGGUAAUAAACGUACCCUAAACAGUUGCAAAGAUGAUGAUAAUACAUAUAAAGUACAGAGUGUGGCAUGUAGUAAGUGCUGUCUUUCUCUGCUUCUCUCCCUCAAGUCUCUCCACCCAAACACCCCACAGCUGCCACCUGUCAGGAGAGCUAAAGUGACAUUGAUGAAGGAUUGACUCUUUCAUUCGCAAGGCCUGGGUCAGCUCUCCUAUUUUCCCCAAACCCAGUCUGCUGAGGGAAAGUUUAAGGGUGGGACCACUACGGUCCCUUGAACCUGUGUUUUCAACUAGUGCGGGGUUCCAGCAGCUGUUGACAGAUUAUAUCAGAGCAGCCCACUUUGAGGAAGGUUCCUCUUCAUGUUUCCUGGAUCCUCUCGCCCCCUCAUUUGGGGCGAGGGUUCCUAAGCCUUGGAUUUCCCCUCUCUCCUUGACCAUCUCUCCGAACAUUCUCUCCCAUGGGGAAUGGAGCCCAUCACAAGGCUUUAGCUGUACCCUGGGACUCUUGAACCUGCUUUCUGUUCUAGCAGUUCAUCAGAACUUUGGGCUGACCUCCUCAUUCCUCUAUCCUUUCCUACCCACGCCAUCCUUAUUCAAAUGUGGAUCACUUCUUGCCUGGUUUACAGCAACGCCCUGUUAAUUCUGCAACCCUGUGCCAUAUACUGGUCUUCUGAGCGUCACUUUCAUCACAUUAUUCCAUGCCACAGAGUCUUUCAAUGGCCUCCUGUUUUCUGCAGGAUAAAAUCCAGAUCCUUGGGCCUAGGUGGCACUCAAGCCUCCCCAUAAUCAUGCAGCCUGCCCACCUUGCCUUUGCUCCCAUAUCAUCUUUGCAGACCUCCCUCCAGCCAGCCUGGCGCCUUCACUGACCUUCCAUACUCUUUUCCCAUGUUAGCUCGUGGCAGCCCCCUGUCCCCGAAUGCCUCUCCCCACCCCCACCCCCCACUUUCGCCAAUCCCAUUUCUCCUGCCCACUUUCAAGAUUCAGCCCCAGUCCCACUACACAUCUUCCCCAGCCUUCAGCCUCCACCCAUCUCCUCUUUUCCUCAAUAGCCCUUGGGGGCCACAUCCAGCCUGCCCUGGGCUGUGACUGUUGCAGGUGCAUCUGUGUCCUCCCAGCAGACAGGGGGACUUUCUCAGUCCCCAGCACCCUGUCUUGAACACAGUUGGUGCUCACUUCAAACAACUGCUCUCUGUGUAUUGAGCACUCUCAGCCUGCAGGGCACAGGAUGACACUUGUUUAACAAAAUGCUUCCUCAACAUAACCCCUUUUUCUUCCCGCUCUAGGAGAGGACUUUGGAAAUCAGGAUGGGUCUGAAAAGCCUCUGGGGGUUGGGAUGCAAAGAGAUAAACCAUUUCACCUCCACCUGUCUCUCUCUCUCAGGCCUCCUCCCCCUCGGUCUCCAGGGUCACCUGCGGCGGUUUCCUGCCCCCCCCCCCCGGCUGCCCUCAUCUCCCUGCUGAACAUUCCCCACGUCCUCCCUGUGGUCGUGGUGGUCGCAGCCAGGUCCCACUUCAGCCCUCUCAUUCUCUAGUCCUGCUGGCUGUUCUCUUAACCCUGAUGUUAAUGUUUUUGCCUUUCAUCUCAUCUCCCCCUUCUUCAUGUUAGCUAAUGAUUAUUCAGGGACUUAACCCGCUGUCCCUGUCCCAAAUCUAUAAGUUCUCUUAGGGGCAAGGGUCAUGAGAGUGAUCUCAUGGUCAUGUGACUGCUGCCUAUACGUCACCCCCUCUGCUGUCCUGGUCCUAACACUCUCAAAGUUAGUUGUGUGCCCUGCCUCUGGCUCACUUGAACGGAGACCUGAGUGGAAAGAUUUUAUCCUGAUGGCUGACUCGAAACCACUCUUCUCCCUUGAUGGGGACCCGGUAGCUGCCGAAGCCUUGCUCCAGGAUGUGUUUGGGAUUGUGGUGGAUGAGGUCAUUCGGAAAGGGACCAGUGCUUCGGAGAAGGUCUGCGAGUGGAAGGAGCCAGAGGAGCUGAAGCGGCUUCUGGAUCUGGAGUUGCGCAGCCAGGGCGAGGCACCAGAGCAGAUCCUGGCGCGGUGCCGGGCAGUGAUCCGCUAUAGCGUGAAGACCUGUCACCCGCACUUCUUCAACCAGCUCUUCUCAGGGUUGGAUCCCCACUCUUUGGCCGGGCGCGUUAUCACUGAGAGCCUCAACACCAGCCAGUACACUUAUGAAAUUGCCCCGGUGUUCGUACUCAUGGAAGAAGAGGUGCUGAAGAAACUCCGGGCCCUGGUGGGCUGGAGCUCUGGGGAUGGGGUCUUCUGCCCUGGUGGCUCCAUCUCCAACAUGUAUGCCAUGAACCUGGCCCGCUAUCAGCGCUACCCGGAUUGCAAGCAGAGGGGCCUCCGGGGACUGCCACCCCUGGUGCUCUUCACAUCAAAGGAGUGUCAUUACUCCAUUAAGAAGGGAGCUGCUUUUCUGGGACUUGGCACCGACAGUGUCUGGAUAGUCAAGACAGAUGAGAGAGGGAAAAUGAUGCCUGAAGAUCUGGAGAGGCAGAUAAGUCUGGCUGAGGCUGAGGGCGCUGUGCCAUUCCUGGUUAGUGCUACAUCUGGCACUACUGUGCUGGGGGCCUUUGACCCCCUGGAGGCAAUUGCUGAUGUGUGCCAGCGUCACGGGCUGUGGCUCCAUGUGGAUGCUGCCUGGGGUGGGAGCGUCCUGUUGUCACAGACACAUAGACAUCUCCUGGAUGGGAUCCAGAGGGCUGACUCCGUGGCCUGGAAUCCCCACAAACUCCUUGCGGCAGGCCUGCAGUGCUCAGCUCUUCUUCUCCGCGAUACCUCGAACCUGCUCAGGCGCUGCCACGGCUCCCAGGCCAGCUACCUCUUCCAGCAGGACAAGUUCUACGACGUGGCUCUGGACACUGGAGACAAGGUGGUGCAGUGCGGCCGCCGUGUGGACUGUCUGAAGCUGUGGCUCAUGUGGAAGGCGCAGGGCGGGCAGGGGCUGGAGCGGCGUGUGGACCGGGCCUUUGCCCUUGCCUGGUACCUGGUGGAGGAAUUGAAAAAGCGAGAAGGAUUUGAGUUGGUUAUAGAGCCUGAGUUUGUCAACGUGUGUUUCUGGUUCGUGCCCCCCAGCCUGCGGGGGAAGCAGGAGAACCCAGAUUACAGUGAAAGGCUGGCUAAGGUGGCCCCAGUACUCAAGGAGCGCAUGGUGAAGGAGGGCUCCAUGAUGAUUGGCUACCAGCCCCAUGGGACCCGGGGCAACUUCUUCCGUAUGGUCGUGGCCAACCCUGCACUGACCCGGGCCGAUAUGGACUUCCUUCUCAAUGAGCUGGAACGGCUAGGCCAGGAUCUCUGAGCCUCCUCCUUGCAGCUGGCCUCGACAUCCCCCCUCACCCUCACUGUCUGUGUGUAUUCCCUUCCUGUGUUAUCAAGAGCAGAGUGAUCUUAACAAUGUUUAUAUGUGUUGACCCACUGACUCUUCUAUGAAAUAUUUGCUGUUGGGAUGCCUGGGUGGCUCAGUCAGU